UUUGAACCCCAAGAAACGGUGGGUUAAGAACGAGGCGUGCUUUGCGCUUUGAAAUAGAGAGAGAAAGCGGAACAGAGAGAAAAAUAGUAACUCUUUUUCGUGUAGAGAGAGAGAGAGAGAGAGAGAGAGAGAGUGUGUGAAGGAGGUGUUUGGUGAGUGUUGUUAAUGGCGAUUUGGUCGAAGGGUAUGAAAGCAAUAAAGGGUUAAGAGAAUUUGAGGUUUAAUCGAGCAUUUGGGUCUUUGUUUGUUACGGUGAAGAGAGCGUUAAUUUUUUUGGUGGAAAAAAGAGUUCUCUUUUUUUCCUUGGCUCUGCUUUUGUUAUUAUUAUUUCUUUCUUCUUCGAUUUCGUCGUCGUUUUAUGCAGAAGAUUCUUUGAGUUGGGUCUUUUAAAAAGCUUUCAACAAAACAAAGCUGAAAAAUCAACCACGAAAACGGUUCUCUUCGGGUGCACUGUUUUUUCUUUGUAAAUUUUGAAAAAAUAAAAAAAAAAUAGAGGAACAAAUGGAGUGGGCUGCUUGUUUGGAUGAAUAUGAGAAGCUUGUUUACAGGAUGAACACUCCGAGGGUCGUGAUCGACAAUGCCGUUUGCUCCACUGUGACUCUUGUCAAGGUUGAUAGUGCCAGGAGGCAUGGAAUUCUCCUUGAGGCUGUUCAGGUUCUCACUGAUUUGAACCUUUUAAUCAAAAAGGCUUAUAUUUCUUCCGAUGGAAGAUGGUUCAUGGAUGUUUUCCAUGUGACCGAUCAAAACGGAAAUAAAUUAACAGACGAGAGCGUCAUCAGCUAUAUCGAGCAGUCUCUUGGUGCCAUUCACUAUGGGAGAUCCAAUGGCUGUAAUGGAUUGACAGCUUUGGAGCUAACGGGAACAGAUCGAGUGGGUCUGCUUUCCGAAGUGUUUGCAGUACUAGCUGAUCUUCAAUGCAAUGUGGUUGAAUCUAAAGUGUGGACGCACAAUGGCCGGAUUGCUUCACUUAUCUACGUAAAAGAUUGCGACUCUGGUUGUCCAAUUGAGGACUCACAGAAAAUCAAUAAAAUUGAAGCGUUGUUAAGGAAUGUUCUUAAAGGGGAUAAUGAUAUUCGGAGUGCCAAAACCUCUGUUUCCAUGGGGGUAACACACACGGAAAGAAGACUGCACCAAAUGAUGUUCGCAGACCGCGAUUACGAAAGGAAGUCUAUCUUGCGGCGUUGCGCGGAUUCUCUAAUGGUGACUGUCCAGAACUGGACAGGAAGGGGUUAUUCUGUGGUGAAUGUUCAGUGCAAAGAUAGAAGCAAGCUUUUGUUUGAUGUUGUUUGCACGUUGACAGAUAUGGACUAUGUGGUUUUCCAUGCCACAAUUAACACAGCAGGGGAUAAAGCAUACUUGGAAUUUUACAUCAGACACACGGAUGGAACCCCAAUUAGUUCAGAACCCGAAAGGCAACGAGUGAUCCAAUGCAUAGAAGCUGCUAUUCAAAGAAGAGCAUCUGAGGGUGUGAGACUAGAACUUUGCACAGCUGAUAGACAAGCCCUUUUAGCAGAUGUGACAAGGACGUUCCGAGAGAAUGGCUUAAACGUGACAAGGGCCGAAAUAUCCACCACUAGGGACAUGGCUCUAAAUGUUUUCUAUGUGACAGAUGCGGUUGGUAACCCUGCAGAUCCAAAAAUCAUUGAAUCUGUUAGACAGAAAAUAGGGCUGAGUAGCUUAAAAGUGAAGGAAUUGCCAUUGAGUUAUCACACGAAGGCAGAGAAUGAAGAGCAAGCGGUUGGGGUUGGUGGGGCAGUGUUAUUAUCACUUGGAAGCCUUGUGAGAAGGAAUCUAUACAAUUUGGGAUUAAUCAGAUCAUAUUCUUGAGCACGAGUUAACAAAUAGAAAAAGGCAAUUUGGAAGGCAGAAGAUUUGUCCACUUUGCGGCUAUAUGAUAUUCUUUGCUUGGGGAUUGGGCUUUGUGUACAUAGAAAGUGAAGGGAAAAAAAAGAAAAAGAAAACAAAAGAAAAGGUUGGAAAGUUUGGUGAUGGUAGUUGCUGUAGUUGGGUUUGGUUGGUGGAAUUGAUAGGCACAAUUGGAAGAGGAAGGAUAGGAUGAUCCACCAUUUUAAAUGCUUUGUUUGAAUUAUAGUAGAGGGAAUACAGAUGGGAAAGUUAAAAAAAAAAAAAAAAAAAAGUGUUGGUGGAGGAUAUUGAUAUUCAUAUUGGUUUGUUUGUUGCUACUUGCUGGCAGGCAGAGAAGAAGAUUAGGUAUAUUAGGAAAAAAAAAAAAAAUUUGGGUUUAUACAGCACAACACAUUUGUACAUAAACCAACUUGUUAAGUAUUAGUUCUAAUGGUUGACCUGAAUUUUUUUAUUAUACAUGUUUUUUCAUUGUCU